CAACAAUAGCCGGGAGGAAGAUGUAGCGAUUGCUACUGACAGUCGCGCGGCGGGAGGAGACCGGAGACCGACCCAGGGCAGUCCGCUAAGGGCAGGAUGGCGGUGGCGAGCGUGGAGGAGCAGGCGCCGCCGCCGACUUCAGCCUGGCCGCUGGCUCUGGGCCGAGACCCGGUGAGCUCGUCGCUGCUGGCGGCCUCCGGGCUGCUUUUGCUGAUGGUUUUCUGGCGGCUGCUGGGCCGCCGCUGGGCGCUGCAGGGUAUGCCGCCGGGUCCCAGACCUUGGCCGCUGGUGGGCAACUUCGCCUUCGCCCUGUUGCCCGGCCGGUUGAAGAUCAAGCGAGUGGUUGGCGUCGUCGGUGCCGAGCAGAUGCUUAGCACUGUGAAGGUCUCCAGCUGCAGCGCCUCCCGGCCCUUCUCGGUGCAUUUGCUGCUCACCGGCCUGGCCAAGGUCUACGGCAGCAUCUUCAGCCUCUUCGUGGGCAGCCGCCCCAUCAUCGUGCUCAGCGACUUUGAGGCUGUGCGGGACGCCCUGGUCAACCAGGCCGAGGUCUUCAGCGACCGGCCCAGCGUGCCCGUGGUGGCCAUCAUCACGAAGAAGAAAGGUGUGGUGUUUGCACCGUACGGCCAAGUAUGGAAAAAACAGCGGAAGUUCUCCCAUUCGACUCUCCGUCACUUUGGAUUAGGGAAGCACAGCUUGGAACCAAAGAUUAUUGAAGAAUUCAAGUAUGUCAAAGGAGAGAUCCUGAAGCAUGGAAGGGAGCCGUUCAACCCCUUCCCCAUUAUUGGCAACGCGGUUUCCAAUAUUAUCUGCUCGAUGGCCUUUGGCAGGCGCUUCGACUAUGAUGACGUGAACUUCAAGGGCAUGCUGAGCCUCAUGUCGCGGGCCCUGGAGAUCAGCUUGAACAGCCGCUUCCUUCUCAUCAACAUCUGCCCUUGGCUGUACUACCUCCCUUUUGGGCCGUUCCGGGAAUUCCGACAGAUCGAGCUGGAUAUCACGAUUUUCCUGAAGAAAAUUAUUGCACAGCACAGAGAGAGCCUGGAUCCUCAGAACCCCCAGGACUUCAUUGAUAUGUACCUCCUGCAUGCGGAUGAGGAGAAAAAGACCAACAGCGAGAGCAGCUUCGAUGAAGAGUACCUGUUCUUUAUUAUUGGAGAUCUUUUUAUCGCGGGCACGGACACAACAUCCAACACGCUGCUCUGGAGCCUGCUUUACAUGGCACUUCACCCCCAGGAACAAAAAAAGGUACAAGAGGAAAUUGAAUUGGUGAUUGGACACGAUAGGCCUCCUUCCCUUGCCGACAAAGCACGGAUGCCCUUCACAGAAGCAACAAUCAUGGAAGUUCAAAGAAUGACAGUGGUUGUGCCUCUUUCCAUUCCCCGGAUGGCAUCGGAGACAACAGUGCUGCAGGGCUACACUAUUCCAAAGGGCAGUGUAAUAAUUCCUAACUUGUGGUCCGUGCACAGAGAUCCCAACAUAUGGGAGAGACCAGAUGAUUUUUAUCCUGCAAGGUUUCUCGAUGAAAACCGCCAGCUCCUCAAAAAAGAAUCAUUUAUUCCUUUUGGCAUUGGAAAACGAGUGUGCAUGGGAGAGCAGCUGGCCAAGAUGGAACUAUUUCUGAUGUUUGUGAGCCUUCUGCAAAAUUUCACCUUCCUGUAUCCCGAAGACUCCAAAAAGCCAUCAAUGGAAGGAAGAUUUGGCCUGACUUUAGCUCCAUUUCCAUUCAACAUAAUUGCCUUAAAGAGAUGAAUCAGCCUCUGACAAGAAUGCUGCAUGAUGUUUGCAUUAUUCUAAUGAAAUUCAGGGCUAUACAUUCAAAUGCACUUCACUAACAAAAUCACCAAGCCUGAGCAGGAAUAGAAAGCCUGCAGCCCACAAUGUUCCCUUUUAGCCUGGGGAUUUUUUCAGUAGAUACGUUGAACUCUGGACAGUGGGGAAAAAACAAGCUUCUACUUCUCAGAGUUGCAGAGCCAUGAGUGGUGGUUGUGGUGCAGAAAUUCUUACCAAAUCUGUCAGGCAUCAAGUGGAUUUUUAUAUCAGAAAAUUCAUUUAUACAGUAGGACAGCAGGUGACCAUUAACAGAGUGAAAAGUGACAGUGUAUUCAGAUAGCUCAUUUAUUGGAGAAUACUGGCAUCCUUUUGAAAGGGUGCACUGAAGGUUCAUAGAGAAGCAUCUUAAAACCCCAUGGUUCUUCCUCCAUCUGAGCGAGUCUCACGUUUACUAACCUUCACUGUGAAAAGAGCAGUCUUGCGCACCACUGAUUUAAAUGCUGGUUCAGUCCUCAGGCUUGCCUUGUUCCCAUGCUUCAGGCAGGGUGACAGCUUUUUAAAGGUGAUAUUAAGCGCUGCAUGUACAUUUAUUCAAUGAAAUGUACAUUUCACACACUCAUUCCAAUAAUGCUAACAGAAAAAUGUGGAAGACUUGCUUUAGGGGAAAUGGGUUAUGUCAGUGGGCUUCAGACAAUCAGCACUGUGCACAGCUGGUUUCUGCUUCAGUCAUGCAGAACCUGCUUCUCCCGAGCCUUGAUCUGGCUGAAAAGAUCCGAAUGUGUUUCGUGUACUUCUACAGCUCAAAACUAUACAUCUGUAUAUAUUCUGGAGCUUGCUUCAUGGUAGCUCUAUUACUGCUAAAACUGGAUCCUUUUGAGAUUAGUUAAAUCUUACUUUCUAUAGUUAGCUGGCCUUUGGGUUUUCCUGUAUUCUUAAUUUACUGCAGAUCUGCGCUGAGCCAAACUGAUUUAGCCAGCAAUUGACCUGCAAUGGCUGUAGAAAAAAUAUUUGAGGGUCAGUGUAGGGGCCAUAGGAAGCAGUGUUUACAGGUUCAAAUUAUACUGCUUCAAGCAAUUUGGCAAACCUUUGCAUGCUUAACUGUACGUGAUGCAAAAUGUACAGGAAGGCAAAAGCAUUUCUAAUCCUGCAUACUUGCUUAUGUUACUGUAUGUGGAAGGAGGCCAUUUCCUGAUGGCAUCCUUUGCCUUUACUCCUCUGAUCUUUGUGGGAGUUAUGAAUGUGCAAAUGGUAGAAGCUUGUAUUCAAGCCAACAAGUCACACUAGCGCCUGCACGUUUAUCCAAGGAUAGGAAACCAUACUGCCAAUGCUUUGGGCUGACCUAUUUGCCAGUGAAUGGUGGUAGUGAUGUGAGUCAAAAGUGGUACAAGCCUCUAAAUCAACAGUGUGCAGGUCUGACCUGUGCUGUUGAGAUUGCCGAGUGGUCAUGCCUUUAAGGUAGGCAGGUCACCUGGAAGUUUCUUGAAGAUUCUUCAUUGCAAAACAGUAAUUGCCCUGCUUACUUUCUGCUUGGAACAAGAGGCUUAAUAGGCAAAAAGCACUGGCUGAAUUCACAUAUCUUAGCAAACAACCCUGUGUGGUUUCCAAGGGGCAUGGAUUUUUGACCAAACCUAUCAAUCAGACAACCAUGUGUGUUCCCUGCUUCAUUCUCCCGCUCUUGUCAUGCUUUCUUCACAAAUGAAAUCUUUUUCCUUACACUAUUGCUGCUUAUGGACUUCAGCAGCCUCAUCUUGAUUGGUCUGCUGAAGUUUUGAGACAGGUUCUCUUGCCUUCCUCUUGUAAGUAUAUCUGCAUUUCUGCAGUGCUUCCUAGCUAAUUCAGCUGCAAAGGAUUUUUUUAAAAAUUUAAAUCAUAGUUGCUGCAACACCCCCUUCUUCCUCCAUGCAGUAUCCAGUUUCUUCCUAUUUCCAAAAGCAAACAAGAAUGAAGUGUGUGAUGCCACCUGUGUUGCUGGGGAGCUGAGGGUAGAUAAGGAUGACUGAGUGGCCACUCUCUUAGCAGGACUCUGUGGUGUUCCCAUACCAGCAAUGGCAAAAUGGAAAUGCUGGGUCCAGAUGACCAGAGAAGUCAUGGUGAAGCAUGGAAACCUUAGAACAGAUUACUGCUUCUGUCUGUGGUUUGGAGAAACGAAAGGUGCUGUACAGAAAGACUGUGAGCGGGUCUGGAAAACACAACAGAUCAACAAGGGUAUGACAUGGCUUCUCAUGAACCAUUAUGAAGCUGGCAGUUGAACUGAUUCAUUGUCUGGCAUGUUAGACCUCCUGUAAUAAGGCAACAUUUUAAUGAAGCACUUUAUAUUUUAAUCUGGAUCCAAAGAUUGGUAUUUCUGUAUUUUUGUAGGUGGUAAGGCCUUGCUAAUGAUUAUAUAUAUGUAAGUUCCCUACAUCUUGCUGGCUUUUUCCUUUUUCAAAAUCAAUGCCUUGUUUAGAAUUUUAGUAGGAAGGAUUGUUAAUACUGUUAGAAACUAGCAUCUGAGACAGGUGCUAACUUUUAAAAAUGUGCCUCUAUUUCUACAUAUAGCCUGAGAUCUCUUUCUCAGUGUGAAUCUCCUUUAAAUAAACCUUUUUAUUUGAAAAGCA